AAAUGUAUCAAUCAGCCAAUAGCAAAAAUGGACUCGCCAGCUACGAGUACUGCAGUAUAAUGCCUCAAUCAACCCACUCCAGUCCCCUGAGGAUGCUUAUCAUGCGGUCUAUAUAAACUCUUGGCUUGUUCAUGAAUUGCUUCCAAAUUUCAAACAACCCGCCGCACUCUCUCAACAUUUAUAUAUACCGUAAUGAUAAUUAUCAACAACACAAAGUUUUCCUGUAUGUCAUGUAUUAAGGGACAUCGAUCAUCACGGUGUACGCAUAGUAAUCGUCCAUUGGUGCCAAUACGCAGAAAAGGGCGGCCGGCCACCCAGUGCGAGACCUGCCGAGAAUUACGCAAAACACGGCAUAUUCACAUCAAAUGUUUGUGCAAGCCCAACGAAGUCGGUAUACCUCGAUGGCUACAUGAGAUUUCCCCUGACUGCAACAAAGAUUUCAAGGCUGGCCAAAGAAAUAAAUCAGUCAUGUCCAUAGAGCGAAUAUCCAAUCCUUAACUGGAGGCUUCAUGCAGUGGUGGUAAUAAAUAAUCUUCAUUUCGCAUACGUUAGUCCUAUUCAAUGGGUGGCAGAAAGCCGUGCAAUUUAGCAUGUUACAAAAUCGUAUGCUGAAAAAGUUCGUGCGAGUCUUGUCUAAAAAGAAGAUUGUCAUCGUGUGGGGACCAGUUCGGAAUCCUCGCUCUCCACUCUCAUAUUCCCAGAAAGGUUUUCGUGUACUUCCGAUGAUAUUUGAUUCCCCAGUCUUUUUUUU